GCAGGUCAAAAUAUUUUAUUAUUUUUAUUUUAGUAUUUUAUUUCAAAGUAUUUUUGCCAAAUACAAUCCGUCAAUUAAUCAGCUUUCAGCAAUAGUUGAUAGUCAUGGCACUUAAUCUCUACGAAAAACUGAUGAAAAAUGCUCAGCCAUCACGAUGGCAAAAAAUCGUCGCUGAAAACUUAGACUUAGAUUAUUGUGAGAGAUUUCUGACAGCAGCCGAGAGUGCAUCUCUGCUGAAUUACAUGGAAGAUAACGUGAGUUACUUCGACGGUCGUCUAUCGCAGGUGAAAGUCUUUGGACAGUAUUAUCCCAUACCCCGGCAGCAGGUUGCGUUUGGUGACACAGGCAUAACUUAUAAGUUUUCUGGUACUGUCGUCCCAGCGCAACCAUGGCCGCAACCUUUGUACAAUCUGAAGAAAAAAAUAUACACUGCCCGUGGAGUUAAUUAUAAUUUUGUUCUAGUCAAUAGGUAUAAAAAUGGAGAUGAUCAUAUGGGCGAACACAGAGAUGAUGAAGUAGAAUUAGACAAAACAGUCCCUAUUGCAUCUAUAUCUUUGGGGCAGACAAGAAAAUGUGUGUUUAAACAUACAGAUGUAAGAAAGAAAAUAAGACAAGUAGAACUCAUAAAAUUAGAUUUACGCAAUGGGAGUCUUUUAAUGAUGAAUCAGCCAACAAAUGAAUAUUGGUAUCACUCCAUUCCCAAAGAAAAAAAAGCAAAAAAUAUUAGACUGAAUUUUACAUUUCGUAAAAUCAAAUAGGCGAAUAAAAAUUAUAUUUUUUUUUUACAUUUUACUGUACAAAUUUAUAUAUAUAUUUAAGAUA